AUGGUUAUCGGCAACGACGAGUACUCCAUCUGGAGAACGGCACCUGAUGCAAGCCGACUAUGCUAUCAGCACUUCCUGUGGCGAGAGGUUCACAAAAGCAACAUCCACCCCUCCAUCGACUUGAAUAACAAGCAGGAUCUUCGUAUAGCUGAGCUUGCAGCUGGUCACUGUCUAUGGGCUAUGCAGGUUGCAGAAGAGUAUCCUCAUGCUCAAGUGGAGGCUUCGGACAUCAACCUGAGCCUAGUCCCCCCAAAGCCCGACCUUCCAUCGAACCUGUCAGUCAGCAAAUGGAGCUUCUUCGACCCAGUGCCAGAAAAGUGGAAGGGGGCAUUUGAUCUUGUUCACGUCAGACUUGUUAUCCAGCCUUUCGGAGGAUAUCUGGAUCCCAGAGCCGUCCUGCAGAAAUUCGUGUCAAUGCUGAGUAUGCGCUUUCGUCGCCUGCAGAAUGUGAAACGUGUUGACCAGAUGAUGUUAGAACCCGGGGGUUAUCUCCAGUGGGACGAAUACGACUACUUCGACGCAGACAAGAACAAUGUCUACUCCGCCAAUGAUCCUAGUCGCGUUCCCAAUCCGGAGGUCACACACAACGCUUCGACCAAAGUUUGGAAGAUCAUGAUGAAGACGUUCCAAUGGCCAACGGAACAUUUUGAUCGGUUGUCAGAAUACUACGCACAAGCAGGCUUGGAGAAUGUGGCUGCUCAUAGGAAGCGACCUCCUCCUUCCGUUUUCCGUGGAUUUUUCGAACAUUGGUAUGCGCUUAUUGCACAAUUACUCCCCGUCCUGGAAGCAAGGGAUAUGGAAGCAGGUCAAGAGGCCCGACACUUACUUACGCAGAUGAAGAAGGAUGCUCUGCUCGACGGUGUGUACAGCGCACAUAUCACCAAGUCCGUGAUCGGGAGGAAACCCGAAGCUAGUCGAUGA